AUGAAUCCCCACAUCACCUCUAUUCUGGAAGAGCUCGGGUUCUUCCUCGCCCUCGUGUGCCUGAGUGAGUGCACCCGCAGAUUGGUGAAGCGCGCCAAGCCCGACUCGCGGGCCGCGGCUGCCCUUUUGAUCUCCAGCUUGGUCUUGGGCGUCUGCAUUUUUGGGGCGCUGCCUCUGUCCGAGCUACUGACAGGAUGGUACUGCGUAUCCAUUACCCUGGUCUUGCUGAACAAAUGGGUCAUGAAGUCCUGGAGAGGCGGACUCGACUUUCCGCUUUUCUACACCAUGAGUCACAUGGUCUUGAAAGGCUGCUUCUCGUUGCUUUACCUGGCAUUAAGCUGCCAUCCGCCGGGCAAGCAGAGGCGUUCUGUUUGCUGCGGCGUGUCCUUCGUCGGAGUCAUGACGGCGCUGGACGUGGCUGCGUCCAACAUGAGCUUUCUGUUCAUCACCGUUGCCUUCUAUACCAUGCUGAAGUCGGCUUCCUUGAUAUUCAUCCUGGUCUUGGGUGCAGUUCUGCGCAUCGAGAAAUGCUCUGCCGGAAUUGCAGCCACUGUCGUGCUGAUUUCGAUCGGAAUCUUCAUCACGUCCUACGGCGAGACAGACUUUGACCUGCGGGGCUUCUGGCUGGUGCUCGGUUCGGAAGUAUUCGCUGCCUUGCGCUGGCUGGCCACGCAGAAGACCCUUCAAUCGAGCGGGCUGACUGCUAUGCAGACAGUUUUCUACAUGUCUCCGGCUUCGUCGCUGACACUGGCGCCGUUCGUUUGGGCACGAGAGAAGGAGAAGUUGCAUGUUCUGGCGGAGCCCAAUGCGGCUGGCCAGUACUUGCUCUUAGUGCUGCUUCCAGGCUUCCUUGCCUUCCUCCUCCUCCUGGUCGAGGUCCAGCUGGUGAAAGCGACAUCUUCUUUAACCCUGGCGGUGUUCGGCAAUCUCAAGUCCAUCGUGACGAUCCUCUUUUCCAUUUUCGUCUUCGGCGAGAAGACAACAGCCCUACAGUGGAGCGGACUGCUCCUGGCGCUGGCGGGGAUGCUCAUCUACGCGAGACUGAAGAACAAGUCGGUGGCCGUAGACUCCUUGGCAUCCCUCCGCUACGAAGUCCUGCCGCAGGACGCCGAUGAGGACACUUUGCCAGAUCCUGCAGACCAAAGUCCUUCGCAACAGACACAGAAGGAGGAGGAGGACGACGAGGAGGAGUGCAGCGGCGAUGCUGCGCCUGCGUCCGCACCGGCGAAGCCUGCCUCAUCCGGUCCAACCCCGACAGUGCUCGGCGUCGCCUCUGACCAAAGCGGACGAGGCCUAGAAGACUUUGCUUCUUUUGAUGAGGUUCCUGUUGCUGACACGGACAUGGAGACAACACGCAACGGCUGA